AUCUUGGGCAAGGGAUAUAUUAUUUAUGCGAUGCAGCAUGUGUUGGUGCAGCAGAAGUUACAUGCGGUGUUGAGUCUGAUCUCACAUUUGAGCAGUCGUUUUCAUGCCUUCCUUUCCAUGGACACCGAUGUGAUGCUGGUUACUCAUUUCCAUUUUGAAGUCAUGAACCUUGCAAGAAGUAUUUAUUUUGGCCAUUCAUGGCUAUGCCUAUGGAUUCUCAGUACUCAGUACUCAACGAUACACGAACAUUACGGUACUAGAUAAGUACUAUCUGCACAGGGCUCUCCAGGACAAUACACGAGUCAAAAAGAUGUGGGGUUCGACCGGGUAUGUAUUGACUUGCCAAAUUAGAACCAGUGAGGGUUGGCACGUUGCCAAACCUGCCCUGAAGUGGUGCAGAGUUUAAAUUCCCUUCACCUUCACCCCCGUCACAUCCAUGCCUCCGAGGACCAUAAUUCGUAAAGAAGAGUGGGAGAGACGUCUACGCGAGGUUCAGGUUACCAAAGAUGACUUGAACCGACUUAUUAUGGACUACCUCGUUAUUGAGGGAUACAAGUCUGCCGCAGAAGAAUUCAGCGAUGAAGCCAAUGUUCCACCACCCGUGGACUUCGAGAGUAUCGAAAGUCGCAUGGUAAUUCGAGAAGCAUUGCAACGGGGGGAUAUCGAGGAAGCUAUUUCCCGCAUGAAUGACCUGAAUCCUGAGAUCCUGGAUACGAACCCUGCACUGUACUUUCACCUUCAACAGCAGAAGCUAAUCGAGCACAUUCGACAUGGGCGUAUCACAGAGGCAUUGAAAUUUGCACAAGACGAACUUGCGCCUAGAGGUGAAGAAAGUCCGGAGUUUCUUGCGGAGCUGGAACGUACGAUGGCACUUUUGGCGUUCGACUCUUCAUCCUCGGCCCCUACAGCUAUAUCCGAACUUCUUUCGCCCGCACAGCGGAUGAAAACUGCGGGCGAGGUUAAUGCUGCAAUUCUUGAAAGCCUUAGCCAGGGAAAGGAGGUAAAGCUAGUGCAGCUUUUGAAGCUUUUGUGUUGGAGUGAGGGGAUGUUGGCGGAACGUGCAGAUUUUCCCAAGAUUGAUCUUCAAGAAGGACUAGUGGCGACGGGGAGAAAAGAAGCAACAUCAACAGAUGAUUCUAUUAUGCAAGAAUGAGGGACAACAUGUAUGGUAUCGAGUCUGCGUGUAGUAGAGGCGUGAAAUGGAUGAAGCGUUUGCACCAAUUUGAGAUCCUUCCUGACAGGAAGUAUUACG